CGCACCGCGCGGGCGGCCAUGGAGCGAGCCUAGGGCGCCUCAGGAAUUGGUAGCCAUCCAAAUGCCUCCUAGAUGGCUCUGCACCCUAUUAAAACGGUAGUAUUUGCUUUUAAAUUUUCAAUGUACCUGGUUCUUAACUAUUAGGUCCUUCCUUGGACCAGUUCAUUUUAAAUUAUUGGGUCUUCUCGGGCAUAGGAUUAGCAAGGCUAAAAUGGUGAGUAAUAUAUUUGAGGCUUGCAAAAGAUUCAGGGAUGGAAGGACAGAAUUCUGAUUGAAUUGUGCUUUAUACUUGGGCUUGCAGGAAUUGUGGGAGGCACCUCAGUGAAGAAAUGGACCAGUGUGUAUAAUCAUGGAAUCUCCUUGCUGACAAUCACCACCUGCUCUCCUUGAUAAGUGAGAGAGAGUAGUCAGGGGAGAAGGAAAAGAGGUCACCAUGAAGCUAAAGCAGCGAGUCGUGCUGUUAGCAAUUCUCCUUGUCAUCUUUAUCUUCACCAAAGUUUUCCUGAUUGACAACUUAGAUACAUCAGCUGCCAACCGGGAGGACCAGAGGGCCUUUCACCGAAUGAUGGCUGGCUUGCGGGUAGAGCUGGUGUCCAAGCUGGACCACACCUUGCAGUCUCCCUGGGAGAUUGCAGCCCAGUGGGUGGUUCCCCGGGAAGUGUACCCUGAAGAGACACCAGAGCUGGGGGCAAUCAUGCAUGCCAUGGCCACCAAGAAAAUCAUUAAAGCUGAUGUAGGUUAUAAAGGGACACAACUGAAAGCCUUACUGAUACUUGAAGGAGGACAGAAAGUUGUCUUCAAACCUAAGCGGUAUAACCGAGACUAUGUGGUAGAAGGGGAACCUUAUGCUGGUUAUGAUAGACACAAUGCAGAGGUAGCAGCCUUUCAUUUGGACAGGAUUCUGGGUUUCCGCCGAGCCCCCUUGGUGGUUGGCAGAUUUGUUAAUCUGCGGACAGAGAUCAAGCCUGUUGCCACGGAGCAGCUCUUGAGCACCUUCCUAACUGUAGGAAAUAAUACUUGUUUCUAUGGGAAGUGUUAUUAUUGCCGAGAAACAGAGCCAGCCUGUGCUGAUGGAGACACGAUGGAGGGGUCUGUCACGCUUUGGCUUCCAGAUGUGUGGCCUCUACAGAAACACCGACACCCAUGGGGCAGGACUUACCGAGAGGGCAAAUUAGCCAGGUGGGAGUAUGAUGAGAGCUACUGUGACGCUGUGAAGAAAACGUCCCCUUAUGACUCUGGCCCUCGCCUCUUGGACAUCAUUGAUACAGCUGUCUUUGAUUACCUGAUUGGCAAUGCUGACCGCCAUCACUACGAGAGUUUUCAAGACGAUGAGGGCGCUAGUAUGCUCAUCCUUCUCGAUAAUGCCAAAAGCUUUGGGAACCCCUCGCUGGAUGAGAGAAGCAUUCUUGCCCCUCUCUAUCAGUGUUGCAUCAUUCGGGUUUCUACCUGGAACAGACUGAACUCCCUGAAGAAUGGUGUGCUGAAGUCUGCCUUAAGAUCUGCCAUGGCCCAUGACCCCAUCUCCCCAGUGCUCUCUGAUCCUCACCUAGACGCUGUGGACCAGCGGCUCCUGAGUGUCCUGGCCACUGUGAAGCAGUGCACUGACCAGUUUGGGAUGGACGCAGUGCUGGUGGAAGACAGGAUGCCUCUCUCCCACUUGUAAUUCUCCACAAAAUAAGUGAAACUUCUUUUUACAAAGAUAGAGAAACAGCACAAUCAAUUCCGAAUGGUAUGAGGUGGAUUGGAAAUGGCCAGCAGCACAUUCUGGUGAUAGGGGACAGGGUGGCCUUGGUGUUUGCUGUAGUAGAAGUUGAAGCAAAGACUACAAGUUUCAGACCACGGAGCUGUACCUGCUGAACCACCUUCUGACUUCCUCGGCGUAUGCCCAUUCUAGCAGUGGGCGUCAUGGUUGCUUCCGUAUUCUUGUUUGACCAUUACCUGACCACACCUCAAAUGAUGGUAAACAGCAUCUAUCAGUGAGCUGUCUUAUGUGAGUCGUCUUGUGAGCUUGGGCUUCAGGAAACAUGAGUCAAGGUAUAUGUGUAUAUAUAGUCAUAUAUGUAUUCUAACAAGAAAAAAUGUAUUUAUUUUGACACAGGGAAACACUGUUGCUGAAGAACCUGAAGCUAGGAAAAGGUUCUCUUAGUCUCUGAGAGUGAAUCUAAGUGACAUAAAGAUAUCCGUUCAGCAAACACCUCCUGUGCUAGCCAGGGCCGACGCCCGAGGCACAUAGACCAGCCUCAUGAGACUGUUGUACAGGGGAAGGCCAGCUUUCCCCCUUCGACGCCUCAAGUCUGGGUUGAAAAGGUGAGGGCUGGAUACUCUACUGCCACAGGGUUACUCACAAAUACAAAAUGUCUGUGGGGGAACUGGGAAUAACUUACUGGGAAGUUAAUUUAUUUGCUUCAAAGAGAGGUGUAGGAACCACUACCCUCUGUUUUGAUCUGCCAAGGAUUUCCUCUCAGAGCUGUUGCACAAAUAGAGGUUGUGCUUGGUAAGAUACCAAACAAGACAGAUAUGCACCUAAAUUUCUAAUGUGUUCUGUGGGUUUCAAUUCUGAAAGAAAGAAAAUGAAUAAAGAUUUUAAUAAGUA